GACAAGUUGAUUGGCUGGAGUGAUCUCGCACGCGUUGCCCCAUUGGUCCGCUGAGUGCUUAGUGGGUUUAACCCUUGGGGGGGAAGCGGUUGGGUGUAAUACGAGAAAUGCUGUGCGCCGAUUCGCUGUUGGAUGGGUACCGCCCAGCUCCUUAGGUGUUAGCGGCAGCUGAUUGGUUGGUUCGCCAGCACGCCGCCUCUGGUUUUGAUUUUGAAUGUAGAAGUUGUUCGGGAGAAGAAGUGGACAGCAGGGCAGAGUCCUCCUGCAUUCAUCUGAUUCAGAAUAUGGCAAAAUUCCUGCAAGCACGUCGAAGACCGGGAAAAUACAAGCAGAAGAAACGAUGGACAGCAAAGAAAUUGGAGGCUUCCAUUUGUAACUCAGUUCAGUUGCAAGAACAGACAGAUGCAAAGUUGUCGUGGUAUUUGAUUUUGAUUUCUUCUGUAUGGUUUAGAUUUCCCAAUAUAAGAAAUCCAUUGAAAUCUAUUGUAUGGUCCAUAAUGAAUCCAUUCAUAUCUUUAUUUGUGUGGAGCUAUUCCAGUCUGAAAAAGCAAAUUAAUUUAGUAAAAAAUACAUUUGCUCCACCUAUAAUCUGCCAACGUGAGCUACGCACACUGAGAAAACGCCUACACAGACUUGAAAUUGAGUUUCUCAAGUUGCAGUUAUCUCUUCCGGAUAAAGGAACUAAUUCAAGUGCAUCAGGAAAUUCCAUCUGCCGGAGUUGUCAGCAAGCAACCACUGCUUCCUCCAUUAAGGAAUCAAAUGUGCAAGCAGCAGAAGAAUGUACUCUGCCUUCUCUACUACCACCAGUUCCUCCACCUCCCCCUCCGCCUCUGCCACCCCCUCCACCUCCUCCACCGCCAGUUCCUUUUUCCCCAGCCUUACUAUUUCAAAACCGUUUACCUAUACUGAAGAAAACUGGAACUAACAGACCACCAAAGGAGCAACCUGCAAAACCAGAGGGGCCCAUUCAAAUAACACUUAAAGACCUUCUGAAUGUUAAAUUAAGAAACGCAAAAGAUAAUAAUGAAAGACAAAAGAUGGCAGUACACAAAUAUGAUGUUGUGCCACAGAUCACCAUAUCUGCAUUAAAAGGCGUAAGUCUGAAGAGUGCUUCUAAGGUGCAACCGAGGCGGCUCGCACAUGUUUUUAGAGAUGCGCAUAGUAAAAGCCCUCUGGACUUGAGACGCCAUCUUAGAAAAGUCAAUAUGUCGAGGAGCCCAGGAGGAACCCCAAUAUAUGAUAGAGAUAACAAAGAGAAUGGCACAGGACUGACUCCUUUAAUGACAAGAGCUCUCAGGCAAAAAUUCCAGAUGGCUCACCCAAAAAGCCCGUCACCGCUUCGAAUGUCUCCAGGAAACCGAGGUCUUGAAGAAGCGUGUUAAACUCAUUGAAAUUGUGUGGUAGAAGGGAAAAAUUAUAGGAGCCAUCCUACUUUUUAUGACAGUUUGUAUGCAUUUAUACUGAGAAAUUUUUACAAGAAAGCCACUGUUUUUAACUUCGUUUUUACUGAUAGAAAAGGCCACAUUCUUUGUUCACUUUUUGGCUUGUUCCAGCGUUGCUGGUCAGAAUAAGUUACGGAUAAAUGUAUGUUUGUCUUAACUUACUAAAACAACACGUGCCUCACUUCUUUGAUAAGCAACGUGCACACACUAUAAACAGAUGCAAUGGAGUUUUUUGUCUAUGAUUUUUGCUCUGUCUUAGUCAAACCAUUUGCUAGAAGGGAUCCAUCACAUAAGAUAAUAGUCUACCACAUUUAUUUUCCAGUGUUACAAAAUGUAAGUUAUGUAUUAUCAAAUAUCCAUGCAAAGUUCGCUCUGCCAAUAGAACAAGCCUUGCAAUUUCGUUUACAUGUGGUGCUGUUUUUAACAAAGGCUGCCUGGUAUUAUAAAUGGAAAA